GGCGGCGGCGGCAGCCUCGCCAGCCAUGGAAGCGCAGCCGGCGGCGCCCGCGGCGGCUGCCCCGGGCCCCGGAGCGACUCCCGCCGAGCUGGCCAAGGAGACUGACCGCCAGCUGCGCCUCCGCCUCUGCGUCCUCAACGAGAUCCUGGGCACCGAGCGGGACUACGUGGGCACGCUGCGCUUCUUGCAGUCGGCCUUUCUGCACAGAAUUAGGCAGAAUGCUGUGGACAAAGCUGAAAAAUACAUUACAGAGGAAAAUGUCAAGAUUUUAUUUUCCAACAUUGAAGACAUACUGGAUGUUCACAAGGAGUUCCUGACUGCCUUGGAAUUUUGUUUAGAUCCGGAACCUCAAUCUCAGCAUGAACUGGGAGAUGUUUUCUUAAAAUUUAAAGACAGGUUCUGUGUUUAUGAGGAAUAUUGCAGCAACCACGAGAAAGCACUCAGGCUCCUCAUGGAGUUGAACAAGAUCCCGCCUGUCAGAGCAUUUCUGUUGAGCUGCAUGCUUUUGGGAGGGCGGAAGACAACAGACAUUCCACUCGAGGGUUAUCUGCUAACUCCAAUCCAGAGAAUCUGCAAAUACCCACUUCUCUUGAAGGAACUAGCUAAGAGGACACCCACUAAGCACCCGGAUUACCAAGCUGUCCAGAAUGCAUUACAAGCAAUGAAGACAGUUUGUACCAACAUCAAUGAGACCAAGAGGCAGAUGGAAAAACUGGAAGCUCUUGAGCAGCUGCAGUCUCACAUUGAAGGAUGGGAGGUAUGGAUGGUGGGAUCCAACCUGACAGAUAUCUGCACCCAACUCCUGCUCCAGGGUACCUUGUUAAAAAUCUCAGCAGGAAACAUCCAGGAGAGGACGUUUUUUCUGUUCGAUAACCUUCUGGUAUACUGCAAGCGGAAAUCCAGAGUUGCUGGGAAAAAGACAUCUAAACGCACCAAGUCGAUCAAUGGAUCCCUGUAUAUCUUCAGGGGCCGAAUAAACACAGAAGUCAUGGAGGUUGAAAAUGUGGAAGAUGGGACUGCAGAUUACCACAGCAACAAUUAUACAGUGACAAAUGGCUGGAAGAUACACAACACUGCCAAAAACAAAUGGUUCGUCUGUAUGGCCAAGACGGCAGAGGACAAACAGAAGUGGCUGGACGCUAUAAUCAAGGAAAGGGAGCAGAGAGAGAGUCUGAAGUUAGGCAUGGAGAGGGAUGCCUAUGUCAUGAUUGCCGAGAAAGGGGAGAAGCUGUAUCACAUGAUGAUGAACAAGAAAGUGAACCUUAUCAAAGACAGGAGGAGAAAAUUAAGCACUGUUCCCAAGUGCUUUCUUGGCAAUGAGUUUGUAUCUUGGCUCAUGGAAAUUGGAGAGAUAAGCAAACCAGAGGAAGGGGUCAACCUGGGACAAGCUUUGCUGGAGAAUGGUAUCAUUCAUCAUGUUUCAGAUAAGCACCAGUUCAAGAACGAACAGGUGAUGUACAGGUUUCGUUAUGAUGAUGGAACUUAUAAGCCAAGAAGUGAACUGGAAGAUAUCAUGUCCAAGGGUGUGAGGCUUUACUGCCGACUGCAUAGUCUUUACACUCCAGUGAUUAAAGAUCGGGACUACCACUUGAAGACCUACAAGUCCGUCAUCCCAGCAAGUAAACUGGUGGAUUGGCUGAUUGCUCAGGGAGACUGUCAGACGAGGGAGGAAGCUGUCGCACUGGGUGUUGGAUUCUGCAACAAUGGCUUCAUGCACCAUGUACUUGAGAAGAGUGAGUUCAAAGACGAGUCUCAGUAUUUCCGCUUUCAUGCCGAUGAGGAGAUGGAAGGUACAAGUUCCAAGAGCAAGCCGUUACGAAAUGACUUCAAGCUUAUUGAAAACAUCUUGGCCAAGAGCUUGCUAGUUUUGCCAGAAGAGGAGGACUACGGCUUUGACAUAGAAGAAAAGAACAAAGUGCUCGUGGUGAAGUCUGUUCGACGGGGAUCACAUGCAGAGAUGGCUGGCUUGCAGGUUGGACGGAAAAUCUAUUCCAUUAAUGAAGACCUGGUGUUCCUACGCCCAUUUCAGGAAGUGGAGACCAUUUUAAACCAGUCCUUCUGCUCUCGGAGGCCUCUUCGACUUCUUGUGGCAACUAAGUCUAAAGAAAUUAUCAAAAUCCCAGAUUGCAGUGAAAUACUGUGCUUCCAAAUACGAGGAGUGGCGCCACCAUAUGUCCAUGGUGUGGGGAGAGGCUCAGAAGCUGCAGCAGUUGGGCUUCAUCCAGGACAGUGUAUUUUGAAAGUGAAUGGAAAUAAUGUGAUGAAUGAAAAUUACACUGAGGUUUUGGAGCACUUUACAGCAUACAGGAACAGGCAGCAGGAAUUUCUGGGGUUGUACCAGUGGGUUUAUCGAACGCAUGAAGAUGCUGAAGAAGACAGAGCUCAGCAAUCGGCAUCUAACUCCUACUUGAAUGGAAGUCAUUCUGAGCCUUGCAAAGGAGACCUCUCGUUUGAAGAAAAUGCAGAUCUCGAUCCCUUGAGUGACAGCCAGCAAGAAGAGGAAGAUAUGGCACUUCAUACUUUUGGCCCUCCUCUGGUCAUCAGUGAAGAUACUCCUCUCAUCAGCUUAACGGUGGACAAUGUACACUUGGAGCAUGGUGUUGUAUAUGAAUACGUCAGCACUGCUGGGAUCAAAUGCUUUGUCCUGGAAAAGAUUGUAGAGCCAAAGGGGUGUUUCAGCCUCUCUGCAAAGAUUUUAGAGGCCUUCGCUACCGAAGACAGCUGCUUUGUGAGGAACUGCAAGAGGCUCAUGUCUCUCUGUGGUACUGUUGAGACCAUGCCACAGUAUGAAUUCUGGCAGAUUUGUGACACAAAGCUGGACAGUAUCAGCAGGAGGGUUGCCAGCUAUCAAGAGUUUGCAGAUGAGUUGAAAAUGAAGGUGAGCCCAUCCUUCAAGCCAGCCAGAAUGGAGCCUCACUCCUUGAACAGCAUGGAUUUCUGCCCCACCAACUGCCACAUUAACCUCAUGGAAGUGUCGUACCCCAAAAACACUACCUCAAUGGGAAGGACGUUCAGUAUUCGUCUUGGACGGAAGCCUUCAAUUAUUGGCCUUGACCCAGAACAAGGUAACUUAAAUCCAGUCUCAAAUACUCAGCACUGCAUAACCACCAUGGCUGCGCCAUCAUGGAAUUGCUUGUCUCCAGAAAAUGGAGACCUAAGUCUCCACGGACAGUAUGAUGGAUGCUAUGGCCAAGAGAAUGGAGGAAGCACUCAGGAGGAAAGAGGGCUUAGCUUUCUGCUGAAACAAGAAGACAGGGAGAUUCAGGACUCGUAUCUACAGCUCUUCAACAAACUAGAUGUUGCUGUCAAGGAAAUGAAGCAAUAUGUCUUUCAGAUAAAUAAGCUUUUGUCUACCAUAACUGAACCCACAGCAGCUGAGUUGUGUGAACCUCCAUCCACAGAGGAGACACCCCCAUCUUCUUUGGUAGCUGAGGAGAGUGAUCUUGACAAAGCUGAGCAUGGUGGGAAGAAGAAGGUUGGUUUCAAAGUAUCUGAGGAGGACCAGGAAGAUUCAGGACAUGAUACAAUGAGUUACAGGGACUCUUACAGUGAGUGUAACAGUAACCGGGACUCUGUGCUGUCCUACACCAGUGUGCGGAGUAACAGCUCGUAUUUGGGAAGCGAUGAGAUGGGAUCAGGUGAUGAACUUCCCAAUGACAUGAGGAUACCGUUGGACAAACAAGACAAACUCCACGGCUGCCUUGAGCAUCUUUUUAAUCAGGUGGAUGCUAUCAAUGCCCUUCUCAAAGGACCAGUAAUAAGCAAAGCUUUUGAUGAAACCAAACAUUUUCCUAUGGACCACAGUUUGCAAGAAUUUAAACAGAAAGAAGAAACGACAAUCCGGAGCAGGAAUAAAAUUCAAGUCAGCAUCCAAGAAGACCCCUGGAACCUUCCACUCCGCAUCAAAAACCUGGUUGAAACCAUACAAAAAUACGUGGAAGAUGGAAAGAACCAGUUGCUACUGGCCUUGCUGAAAUGCACAGACACAGAUCUACAGCUGAGACGAGAUGCCAUUUUCUGCCAGUCCCUGGUGGCAGCUGUGUGCACGUUCUCUGAGCAGCUAUUGGGUGCUCUCAACUACCGAUACAAUAACAAUGGCGAGUAUGAAGAGAACAGCAGGGAAGCCAGCAAGAAGUGGUUAGAGCAGAUCGCGGCCACUGGGGUGUUGCUCAACUACCAGUCUUUGCUCUCCCCCAGCGUGAAAGAGGAGCGAACGAUGCUGGAGGAUAUCCAGGCUACCCUUUUGGAACUGGACAAGGUUGCUUUUUACUUCAAGCAACUGGACGAGUGCUUUGUAGCAAAUACCCACGUCUUCUAUCAUGUUGAAGGGAAUCGGCAGCUUCUAAAGGUCAUCUUUUACCUGGACAGCUACUACUUUUCCAAACUGCCUUCCCGAUUUCAAAAUGGAGGAAGUCUGAAGUUGCAUGCCGUGCUUUUCACAAAAGCCCUUGAAAACCUGGAAGGCCAAUCCCAGCCAGCUGGUUCAUCUCUGGAAGAAGUUCAGCAACAAAUGAACGCCUCUUCUCUUGGGAAGGUGCAGCAGUAUUAUCGCAAGCUCAGGGCAUUUUACCUUGAGCGAUCCAACCUGCCUACAGAUUCUAACACUGCAGCUGUGAAGAUUGAUCAGCUUAUUCGUCCCAUCAAUGCAAUGGAUGAACUUUGCAGACUGAUGAAGUCUUUCGUCACCUCCAAAGGUAGCCAGUCCAGCAGUUCUGUCUCAGGGGCCGGACUGCUGCCCAUAUCUUCGGAGCUCUGUUACCGUCUUGGAGCCUGCCAGGUCGUCAUGUGUGGCACUGGCAUGCAGAGAAGUACCUUGAGUGUCUCGUUGGAGCAGGCAGCCAUAUUAGCUCGAAGUCAUGGACUCUUACCCAAGUGUAUUAUGCAGGCGACAGACAUAAUGAGAAAACAAGGACCAAGAGUAGAGAUCUCUGCAAAAAAUCUGAAAGUGAUGGAUCAGAUGCCACAGUCUGCACCCCGAAUUUACAAGCUGUGUCAACCGCCUUCAGACGGAGACUUAUAAAAAGGAGGAGGAGGAGAAGGAGGAGGAAACGCCUUGUCCUGGGAUCUCGGAAGUGUUCAGCAGAGCAUGAUGCUGCCUGAGCGCUGAUCCUGUCUUCUGCCAAUGGUGCUGAGUCCAAACAGAGGACGGUACUAGGCUCUGUGCUUCUGGGCGGUCCAAUGCACUGACAAAACUGCCUUUCCGCUCAUUCCUUGCAUGGGGAUGCAUGGUUGCCCUUUCUUGUGGACUGCUGCAGGAGUUCUGGGGAAAAAAACAACAACCCUGGAGUUUGGACCGAGGGAUUGCCUUCUGCUGAUGCUGGAAGGGAAGAAGAGGAGGAUAUGGUAGAAACAGCAGUGGAUGGAUUUGGCUGUGCUGCUGACUGACCGUUGUGACUUUGAAGUAUGGGUGGGCAAAAAGCAAGGUGAAGCACCUCUACCUAUCAACUGGUGCUUGGGGCUUUUGCCCAAUUUCCAGCACAGUCAUUGACCGGUAACUUUGAGUCUUACAAGUAUAUACCAUCUUGCACUUUUGGAAUCACAAAUAGCACACAUCUCUGGUUUGUUCAAAGGAUUUCUUCUAGAGGUAUUUUCCACUUCGGCCCAAUACCAACCAAACUCUACUCUGCAGAGUGUACAUUCCAUUGGACAUCCUUACCAAGAAUUUCCUUUAAACUUUUACUGUAAAGUUCAGGGUUUGCAGAUUAACACUUUUUACUAAUGGUCCAUGAUGUAUUCUGGAAAUACAGUAAUAUUUUACACAGAAGAUAGCAAUGAAGGAUUUUUUUUUUUUUUUUGGUAAAGGAAAAGACAUUACAAAAGGGUGGCAUAUGCAGUUCUAUACUUAAAUGAUUUGAGCAGAUGAGGGUUUUUAAAACAAGGAACAGAGAAACUAUACUUAUUUAUGUGGAGUGGAAUAUCUGUUUUGGAAACAUGUUGUUAUAUAUACAAGAUUUAAAUAAAAAAAAGAAAAGUAUUUGUUUCAAAUGGGGCCAAUAUGCUGGGAAGUCUGGAGCAGUUCGCAGCUCACUGAAAAUAAUUUUACGUUAUUUAAAACCUUUCAGUAUUUAAGUAGUCUUUAAUAUGUGUUGUUGUUGUUUUUUUAAAACAAAAAUAGAUUUCAUCGGAUUGUAAGUUAAAAGAGAAACAUGGUUGUGUAUAUAAUGUACGUUAUUAUUCUCCCUCUCUGCCCCCCCACCUUGUUUUAGAAAUGUUUUCUGUUUUAUCAGUAUUAUCAUUAGCGCGGUAAUUUGUUUCCAAAUUACUGGCUGCAAUGUAAUGAAAAAUAUCAGCAACCUCAGGCCAGAAAUAACAUUUGUUUUGGAGUGAGUGCCUUAAGUGUUUGAAUCCAUGUUGAUCGAAAUACAAAAAAAAAGGUAAAUGGGUAUAAAAAGCAAACUAACACUCUUCUAUGUCAUGCUAGACUAAAGCCAUAGUCUUCUCUAAAAUGUUUGUUAUUGGGCAUGUAUAGAAAGAAGCUCUUUUGGAUGACUUCUGUAUCUACUACAUGGAAAGGAGGGGUAUUUUGAUUUUGGCUAAAAUAGGGCAUUUAAUAAACUCCAAUGUUUCUUAACAA